CCCACACCACAUAAAUGGAAAAUAAAAGGAAUGUGACUGAAUUCAUUUUAGUAGGUCUUACACAAAACCCGAAAAUGCAGAAAGUCAUAUUUGUGGUAUUUUUGGUUUUGUACCUAGUAACACUCUCAGGCAACCUGCUCAUUGUGGUUACCAUCCUCACCAGCCGGGCGCUGAACUCCCCCAUGUACUUCUUUCUAGCUCAUCUCUCUCUGAUAGACACAAUUUAUUCUUCUUCUUCUGCUCCUAAACUGAUUGUGGACUCUCUUCAUAAGAAGAAAAUCAUCUCCUUUAAUGGAUGUAUGGCUCAAGUCUAUGCAGAACACAUUUUCGGUGCUACAGAGAUCAUCCUGCUGACAGUUAUGGCCUAUGACCGCUAUGUGGCCAUUUGCAAACCUCUGCACUACAUGACGAUUAUGAGCCACAGGCUAUGUGUUAUACUCCUGGGAGUGGCCUGGGCUGGAGGAUUUCUCCAUGCUACUAUUCAGAUCCUCUUCACAGUCUGGCUGCCCUUCUGUGGCCCCAAUAUCAUAGACCACUUCAUGUGUGACUUGUACCCUUUGUUGAAACUCGUUUGCAUGGACACUCAUACCCUUGGUCUCUUUGUUGCUGCCAACAGUGGGUUCAUCUGCCUGUUAAACUUCCUUCUCUUGAUGAUCUCCUAUAUGGUCAUCUUACGCUCCCUAAAGAACUAUAGCUUGGAGGGGAGGCGUAAAGCCCUCUCCACCUGUGUCUCUCACAUCACAGUAGUUGUCUUAUUCUUUGUGCCCUGCAUAUUUGUGUAUCUACGCCCAGUGACCACUCUGCCCAUUGAUAAAGGUGUUGCUGUAUUUUAUACUAUGGUGGCACCUAUGUUAAAUCCUUUGAUUUAUACCCUCAGAAAUACUGAGGUAAAAAAUGCAAUACGGAGGCUCUGGAGAAAAAAAAUAACUUCAGAUAAUGAUUAA